AUGAAUAAACAGUAUGCGAGUAUUAAAAUGAAUAAUUCAAAUAUCUACCAUCUUCAUAUACUUGAUUUACCCAAUGAAAUAUUAUUCAUCAUUUUCAAUAAACUGAAAACGGUUGAUGCUCUCUAUUCACUUAUGGAUAUUAAUGAACGAUUUGAUCGAUUAGUACUUGAUGCACUUCAUAUUCACGAUCUUGAUACGACAAACAUGACUAUAAAAUCAUAUUAUGAUCGUACUUUUUCAAUAGAUAAUCAUGUUCUUGAUAGAAUAUGUGAAAAAAUCUUACCUCAAAUUCAUCACCAAUUAAAUGAACUUACUGUUGAGCAAAAUUCAAUGGAACGUAUUCUUUUUACCUUUAAUUAUCCUCAACUUUACUCGUUAUCACUUGUUAAUUUUCAAGAAGAAAUACUUUUGCAGUAUUUAACAGGUAAUUCAAUUCUUCAUGAUCUUCUCACUCAACAAAUUACACAUCUUAAUAUUGAUGUUCCGUAUGAGCUAAAAUCAGAAGCGUCUAAAACUCUAUCAAGUAUAUUUGUAUUAAUUUUAUCUUUAUGUCAACAAUUGAUCAGUUUGAAUUUUUGUCAAUUGUUUUCUGAUCGAAAGGCUCUGAUUUGUAUUUUUAAGUUACAAUCAAGAAGUUACAUGUCUUCGACUUUAACUAAAUUAAAAGUUAAUGUCGCAAGAUUUGAUGAUUGUCUUUGUCUUCUUGUUGGAAAUCUUAAAUGUUUAUCAACAUUGAUUAUUCAUGUCAAACAAAUAUUAUUGAGUUUAUCAAAUAUAGAUAAUAGGAAAAAACUUCCCAAUUUGAAAUGUUUCUCAUUAACUUCAAUUGAGUUUGUAUCCCAUUAUGACAAAUUAAUUAUUCCAUUACUUCGUCGAAUGAUAAAUCUUGAAAAAUUGACAGUAUUCUUAUCAGUACUAAAAACUUACUCGACUUUUAUUGAUGGUAUUGAAUUACAUGAUCAAAUUCUUAUUUAUAUGCCACAUUUGAACAAAUUUACGUUUAAUAUAUUUACAGCUGUUGUCAACAGAAACAUGAAAAUUAAUCUCUCGUCGAAUGAAGACAUUCAACAUAGUUUUAUUGGAAAAGGAUGUGGAGAAGUUGGUUCAUGUGUUCAUAUUAGAUCAGAGGACAAUGUAGGCGGAUCGCAUGUUUAUUCACUUCCAUACAAAUUCGAAUAUUUUAUUCACCUUAACAACUCUUUUCAAGGUGAUAUUUUUGAUACAGUCCGAUACUUGACAAUGACUGAUGGACGUCCUUUUGAACAUAAUUUAUACAAACUUAUCUCUCAAUGUUUUCCUCUUCUUGAACAAUUACAUAUAG